AUGACUACUGUCGAUAGUACCACGUUCCUCUCCAACGGCGGAUAUCUGCAAAAGGGUCGAGACAGGAACGUUCGACCCGCCGAUCUGGGGAGGAAGACGCAUGACCUGGCGCCGUCGAGAUGGUACCGCGACGAGAAGAUCUUCCAGCUUGAGCGCCGCGCUUUGUUCUCUACGUUGUGGCAUGUGGCAAGCUUCACCGCGCGAUUCCAAAAGGCCGGGGAUUAUCUGACUCUUGAGAUGUUUGGAUGGAGUUUCAUUCUCAUUCGCGACAAGGGAGGCAACAUCAAUGCUUUUCACAACAUCUGUCGCCAUCGAGGUCAUCCUGUCACACAGAAGGCCAAUGGGUCGAGUACGGUCCUGGCUUGCCGGUUUCAUGGCUGGUCAUACUUGCCGACCGGGGAACUGUACAAGGCGAGGGAAUACACUGACCUCUCCGACUUUGAUCCCAAAGCACACUCAUUGUUCAAAAUCCACACACAUGUCACGCCGCAGGGAUUCAUAUUCGUCAACUUUGACGCGCGAGAGACUCCAGCGGUGAGUUUCGAAGACCAGUUCGGCGACGACUUCGAGCCCAUGCCAAUGUCCCGGACGGGGAAAGAAGUCGGCGAUGAGUUCGCCUUAUUCCCCAGAGACGGUUGGGAAUAUGACCACACAUGGAACAGUUCUGUUGCUGGAACGGAAUACAAUUGGAAAACCUUCGUGGACGGGUUUCAGGAAUGUUACCACUGCCAGACUGGACAUCCAACCACACUGCCCAAGGACUUUAAGCUGGAUCAGUACUAUCUGCGCCAGGGGAUCGGUGCAUCUCGUCAUUAUCUCCCUCCCAAACAAGAAGGGUUGUCAGAGGCUUACAUAACAUGGCUUUAUCCUUUAAGCGCAGUCACCUUCAGCGACAACCUCCUCUUCAUUGUACGAUUCAAUGCAACAGGGGCCUUGGAGACGUCGUACGAUAGCGAGACCUACCGGAGAGCGAGCAUGCCGAAGCCAAGCGCAGAUUAUGAUCACUGGAUGGAGCAUGAUAUUGCAUACUGGCGGUUCGUCGAGACUGAGGAUGUUGAGCUGGCAAUGAAUGCGCAGAAAGGAUUCAAGAACGGGGUCUUAGGGGUGGGAAAGCUGCACUCGAUUGAAGAGCAUGCUGUCAAGUGGUAUCUUGAUAAGGUCCGCGAUGUCCUGGUGCGACAUGCGGAGGUAGAAAAGGCCGAAGGUAAAAAUAUCGACUACGCAAUCCCCCAGGCGCAGAGCGAUGCCGUGGAGGCAGACGCUCUGUGUAAACUGGUUGGACCGGAGUACGAGUGGUGA